AUGGACCAGUCGUACCAUGGCGGCGCCGCCGCCGGUGGAAGUGCCGACUUCAAUGGCCAAAUGUGGGUAGCAGAGGUUUCAUUGCUCUGCACUGAUGAACCAGAGAGCUUAAAUUGUGAUAUGCAGUACACUUCAAAUAAUUUAGAUUCAAUAAAUUCCGUGUCAAAUGAAGCACCCUACGAGCAAGAAGAUAACCAUUUUGAACAUUGCUCUUAUGGAACCCCAGUGUACAUCGAGCCUGAUCAAGUGCCUUGUAGCUGGGAGAGCAUUGCAAAUAUUGAUGGUCAAGCUGGUAUUUCAGGAACAAGCGAGAUUGCACCGAUGACAGAAAGUUUCAUAAUGCAGGAAACUAGGAAGCUUUCUACACUCAAAGUCUCUAAAGGCGCUUCAACAGUUAAGGUUAAGCAAAACUUAACUACAUCAGUAGCAUACCCUUUUACUCUCAUCAAACCGUCUUGGGAGGAAGGUGAUGUUACUCUUCAGGUUAUAAACAAGCGAAUCCAUGCUCCCCCAAAGAAGGCCCUGGAGAUCCUGGGAACUUCAGCUUUCUCUGGCAAGCCAGUGAUCGGCAAGACAAGAAUCAGAACAGAAGCGGGGAGAGGCAGCAUCACAAUUCUAAGAACAAAGGGCUGA